AUGAUGGUCAAAAUGGCCGGCAUUGACGGCAUGUUUAUCGAUAUGGAGCACUCUGUUUUAACGAUACGCGAAGUAUCACAACUCAUCACUGCCUGCAAUUACGUUGGUGUUAGUCCUAUUGUGCGAAUACCUUCCAACUCUCACUGGCACCUCAGUCGUAUUCUCGACGCCGGAGCUGCAGCUGUUGUUAUUCCACACUGUGAGACGGUGGCCGAAGUUCAAGAUAUCGUCAAGGACGCAAAGUAUGCGCCGAUAGGACGCCGCGGCUGUUCAAACAACCAAGUCAUUCUCAACUUCCAGCAUGUCCCAACAUUGCAGCAAAAUGAUCUGCUCAACCGACAUACUAUGAUUAUCCCAAUGAUUGAAACUCCUGAUGCGGUUGAUUUGGCUGAUGAGUUCUUGGCCAUUGAGGGCGUGGAUGGCAUCUUGAUUGGAUCUAAUGACCUAUGCACAGACCUUGGUAUCCCUGGUCAAUAUGACACUCCCGCAUACCAAAAUGCGGUUGAACGCGUCAUUGAAGCUGGAGUAAAGUCAGGGAAGCCGAUUGGGAUCGGAGGCAUCGGAGGGCGUCUGGAUUUGUUAGAGAGGUUCUUCCAGAUGGGAGCCACAUGGUCAUUGAGUGGCGCGGACGGAGCGAUACUGCAGGCUGGCAUGAAGAAGCUCGGGGAAACAUACAAAGACAUAAACCUUCGCGUGCAAGACUCCAGACAAGGGAAUAUCUAG